AUGGAAUUAGGAUUUGAUUAUUGUCCAUUCGAAAGCUUUGUAUCACCUAAAAGAAAACGAUUUGAAAACAAAUCUAUCCGUUUACAAAGCAACGUCAAUCUUGAGAACAUAGCCAAACAACGAGGAUCUGAAGAACUAACUAAAGAAUGCUGGAAAUUGUUCAAGGACUUGAAGCCUACUCCUCAUGAGAAGUUUCGUCGUGAACAGUUUAUUGUCAAGCUCAAAACAAUUUUGAAAAAUUCUAUACCAGAUAACAAUUUAGACCUUUUUGUAUUCGGUUCCACUGAAAGCCGUCUAGCUAUUCAUCAAUCUGAUAUUGAUGUGUGUAUUGUAACAAGAGGGAACGGACAAUUACGCUCAACCUGCCAGUUGGCAUAUAUAUUGCACAAUUGUGGAAUGAAGAGAAUCACCUGCGUACCGAGAGCUAGAGUUCCCAUUGUAAAAAUUUGGGAUCCACAGUUCAAUAUCAGCAGUGAUAUCAAUAUCAACAAUGAUGUCGCAAAACUAAACACGGAAAUGCUACAUUUUUUCGUAAAAAUUGACCCACGUGUGCGAGCACUCGGACUCAUAGUUAAAUACUGGGCAAAACAAAGAAGCCUAAAUGAUGCUGUUGGCUGCGGGACAAUAACUUCUUACACACUUUCUUGUAUGAUUGUCAAUUUUUUGCAAACUCGAAAUCCUCGUUUGCUUCCUUCUAUGAUGGAAUUGAAUAGCGGCCAGAAAAACAAUGUCAAGUUCACGACAGACCUCAGAGGUUUCCAAAAAGAUUCACAUCUAAAUAAGGCUUCUUUAGGAGAUCUUCUGGUAGACUUUUUUCGCUAUUAUGGAUUCGUUUACGACUACAAAGAAAGUGUCGUCUCUGUUCGGAGUGGAUCCCUAAUAAGUAAACGUGCCAAAGGGUGGAACAUGGACAUGAAUAAUUCCUUAUGCGUUGAAGAACCAUUUAACACAUCAAGAAAUCUCGCUAAUACAGCAGAUGAUACAAGUGUAAGAGGAUUACAGAGUGAGUUUCAGCGAGCCUUUCAUGUGCUUAAUGGAUACCCAGCAUUCCAGGCAUUAUCAAAUCUAAACGAGGAAUUUCAAUUUCCUUCGGAAAUACAUACUCCCUUCAAUUCGUACCCCAGUUUAGAUAUGCCCUCAUUUAUCGGUAAGAACGAUGUUACUCCCUGGCCAACGGAAGUUGAGAGUUUUUCGCAUCCUUAUUAUCCACCUCAGACAAUUCCCAUCAAUAAUUGUAAUUCAAACUACGUUUAUUAUAUCCCGGAUGAAACAAAUUCACAAGCAUGUGCAGACAGGCAAUCGAGCUACCAAUAUUCGCAAACAGGAGACUUAUACUAUGGAAAAAAACCACCAUGGCAUUACUUGCCAAGCAAAUCAUGGUUAGUUUGGUAUCCCAGUCAGGAGGACUUUCAACCUGCCAAUAUGUUUCAGUAA